AGGGCGGAAGAUGGCGGCGGCGGUCCUGGGACAGUUGGGUAAGGAUUUCUUAGUGGUUAAGCGACAGAAGGGAGUCGAGAUGGAAUCUGAAUUGACGGCUUGUGUUGAUGUUGCAGGUGCGUUAGGGAUACAGAACCUGAGGAGCCAGGGGAAGCUCGCCUUGGGUGUUUUACCUCAAUCGUAUAUCCACACAAGUGCUUCUCUUGACAUUUCUCGAAAAUGGGAGAAGAAGAAUAAAAUUGUCUAUCCCCCGCAACUGCCUGGAGAACCUCGGAGACCAGCAGAAAUCUACCACUGUCGAAGACAAAUAAAAUAUAGCAAAGACAAGAUGUGGUAUUUGGCAAAAUUGAUACGAGGAAUGUCUAUUGACCAGGCUUUGGCUCAGUUGGAAUUCAGUGACAAAAAAGGGGCCAAAAUAAUUAAAGAGGUUCUCUUAGAAGCACAAGAUAUGGCAGUGAGAGACCACAAUGUGGAAUUCAGGUCCAAUUUAUAUAUAGCUGAGUCUACCUCAGGACGAGGCCAGUGCCUGAAACGCAUCCGCUACCAUGGCAGAGGUUACUUUGGGAUCAUGGAGAAGGUUUAUUGCCAUUAUUUUGUGAAGCUGGUGGAAGGGCCCCCACCUCCACCUGAGCCACCAAAGACGGCAGUUGACCAUGCCAAAGAGUAUAUUCAGCAGCUUCGCAACCGGACCAUCAUUCACACUCUAUGAUGAGGAGAUUCAGACUCCACAGUGUAUAUAUUUUGCCAUUUAUUUUCUAAAAAUAAACACAAAUUGAAG